AAAUUGUUUUCAUUCCGUUUGAAGUUGGUUAGUUUUCGAAUUUGAGGUUUUUGGUUUGUUUGAUCGAAAGUUUCUGAUUGCAUGAGAGUAUAGUGUCGCCAAGAUACUGAAUUGUAUUACUAUAAUGGCUAGUGAUCCUGAAAGAUUUGAUUCUAUGCUAUUAGCCAUGGCACAGCAACACGAGGGUGGCGUAAAAGACUUACUUAAAACCAUAGUAAGUUUUCUUGCAAGAAAAACGGACUUCUUCACCGGUGGUAAAGAAGGCGAGUGGGAAAAAGUUUUACAAGAUACAUUCUAUGAAUAUGCAAGAAAGGCUAGAGAAGAAGCAAACAAAAUAAAGAAAGAAAAAGAGGAAGCAGACAAAAGACUUAAAGAAAUUCAGCAGCGGAAAGAGCAAGAGAGAUUAGCUCAGGAUUUUGAACCUGCAUCAGUUGUAGAACUCACUGACCAAGAGGCAGUUGAAAUGCAGGAAGAACUUGACAAAAAUAAGAAAAAAAAAGUAGAAGAUGGCAGUGGUGAUGGUGCUAGUGGGAGCUCUCCGAAAGAAAUGGAAACAGAGGUUCCUGAUGAAGAAGAUGAUCCUAAGGAGAAGGGCAAAUUGAAACCUAACUCUGGGAAUGGCUGUGACCUUGAACACUAUAGAUGGACCCAAACCUUAGAGGAAGUAGAGCUACGGGUACCACUGCGACAGGUGCUACGACCGCGCGACCUAAACGUGGUCAUCGGCAAGAAACACCUGAAGGUCGGCAUCAAAGGUCAGCCGCUCAUCAUCGACGGCGAACUCGAUGCCGAUGUCAAGGUCGAAGAGUCCACAUGGGUGCUACAAGAUGGACGCAACUUGCUUGUCAAUCUGGAAAAGGUGAACAAAAUGAAUUGGUGGAGCAGGCUAGUCACAACAGACCCAGAGAUAUCUACUAGGAAAAUUAAUCCAGAACCAUCUAAGCUGUCUGAUUUGGACGGUGAAACGCGUGGUCUAGUGGAGAAGAUGAUGUACGACCAACGGCAAAAGGAAAUGGGCCUUCCUACCAGUGAUGAACAAAAGAAACAAGAUGUACUUAAAAAGUUUAUGGAACAACAUCCCGAAAUGGAUUUCUCUAAGUGCAAGUUUAAUUGAAGAAUUGUUUAGCUUUUAAUUUUUAUUCUACUGGUACUAAUUUCAACAUGUAGUUUUAUUUCUCUCACCGAAAUAAACUGUGCAUUUUUAUCAAUGCAAAAUUGUGUUCUAUUAAAGUCAUUUUUU